AUGUCUUCCAACUGGGACCCAUUGUCCUUGCACCCACCUUCUCAUUCCGAUGAGCUCAAGGUGUCUUUCCCUCAAGAACAUGUAAUGCUUAUGACCUUUAACCGUCCGAGGCACCUCAACGCCAUGACGCCUCAGCUUACCACCGAUAUAGCUACCAUUUUAAAUUGGUUUAAUGACGAGCCCUCUUUGUGGGUAGUAAUCGUAACUGGCCAAGGACGCGCUUUCUGUGCAGGAGCCGAUUUGAAAGCCUGGCUUCAUAACCAGUCAAGCGGCACAGCGAAUGAAGGAGAAGAUGUAGCUUCUUCCAUGCAUGGAUUUGCGUCUAUAUCCCGUCGCCACACCUCUUUCAAACCCAUGAUAGCCGCGGUGAACGGUUCGGCUUAUGGCGGCGGGGUUGAAAUGAUACUAAACUGCGAUAUGGUCAUUGCAAGCGAAGACGCCGUGUUCGCACUUCCUGAAGUUAAGCGUGGUGUGCUGGCUGCACAAGGAGUUAUUCCCAGGUUAGGGAGAGUUGCGGGCCAUCAGCUUGCUUCUGAGAUGUUAUUCUUGGGAAAUACCAUCACUGCUGUCCAAGCCAGAGACAGAUUCCGUUUUGUCAACGUCGUCGUCGAGAAAUCGGCUGUUGUACCUACCGCCCUGGAUAUCGCGCGACAGAUUACCAUGAACUCCCCUGACUCGGUACAGAGUUCAAAGGAAGGCCUUCUACUUUCGCAAAAGCACCAUUUCGAGGACGCCGUACGAACACACUCACUGAGUCUCGUGAGUAAACGCUUGUAUCACGGGGCGAAUAUCAAGGAGGGCUUGGCUGCGUUCUCGGAGAGACGCAAACCAAAGUGGUCGAAUCCCGCGAAACUAUGA